AUGGAUAAGGACAGGCCUGCCUGAGAAAGGUGUAAGUACUACCAUGACCUCAUAUCAUGGAGCUAUUUUUCCACGGACCCAGCUUCAUUCUUUUUUCUCGUAGGAUAUCUGCAGAUUAUAUUUCGAAGCGCGCCUUACCCGGAAAGGGAAAAGCAUCUGCUAGGACCCGAUUACGGAUAUGUUCCAUAUACGGCAACCCCACCAUGGAGCCCUAAGAACUCCUUUCAAAGCACAGACGCCAGGGAAUGGCAGUAUAUCCCGUUUAUUCUAUGCUUAAUUCCAGAAUUGGAAGUUGAUGAGAUGUUAUACGAGACUGAUCGCCGCAGAUUUGGAGCAUAUAAGAACGCAAACUGUCGCCACAUACCAAUUAUCACACCGGCGGCCUCUAAAUUGACCGUUCUAUGUCUGUUUUUCUUGCACGGUUUCCGAUUUCCCCCUAAUCAUGAGCACCCAGCAUGGUUAUGGACCUGUGGUCAAUGGCACGCAAAUUGUUUUCUAUGAGUAUCGGCCUAACAAAGCAGCGGGGUUCGUAUUUGUCGCUCUUUUUGGCGCAGUGACUGUUGCGCAGAUCCUCUCUAGUCUUAUCAUCUUACGCGCAUGGCACUUCAUUCCCUUCAUCUUAGGCGGUAUAUGCGAAACCUUCGGAUACUACGGCCGCGCCGCCUCAGCCAGCGAUCCUGCCAAGGCAGGUCCCUUCGUCCUACAAACUAUCCUACUCCUUGUCGCAGCACCAUUACUAGCAGCAUCAAUCUACAUGACUGCCGGCCGAACGAUCAUUGCGCUGGACGGGCAACAUCACUCGUGGGUUAGCCCACGUUGGAUGACAAAGACCUACGUGUUCGUGGACAUAGCCUGUAUACUGACCCAGUUUAUGGGAGCCGGACUCAUGACAUCAAAGGACAUGAGCAAAAUAGCCGAAAGCAAGGCACUGAUCGUUGGCGGCUUGCUAACACAGCUAAUCGCCGUGACAGCUUUUAUCUUUUCCUGUGGCUAUGUGCAUUACAGGCUUCGAUUGGCUUGCGUUGUUGUGUCGCUUCGGUGGGAACGUGUCUUUAUUGCUAUUGAGAUCGCGGCUGUGUUGUUGCUUGUCAGAAGUAUUGUCCGAGCAUUUGAAUAUCUGCAAGGAAGUGGCGGGUUUGUGGUUUCUCAUGAGAUAUUUGUUUAUGCCUUUGAUGCGAUGCCUAUGUGGAUUAUUAUGACGUUGCUUUUGGCGUUUCAACCUCAGCGAGUCGUGCAGGAGGUCCGUCGGCUUAAGGGUAAUGGUGUAUGGGAUGAUGAGCAUGUUCUGUUGGUGGAUCGAUCAUCUGGAUGAGGGAUACUCUCUGUGGAUUGUUACUCUCUCCUCAACACUCUCUUGGAUCUCUAUCCGUAGGGCUGCGAUACAUG